AUGGAUUUACUUUUAAUAAAAGAUGAAAUGCGGCAGACUAAAAAAAUAGCAAGUCUUCGAAUUCAUGUAGAGAGGGUAAUUCGAAGAAUUAGAGAGUUUGGAAUGUUAAAGAUGCAUUCAGUGAUAAAUAUUAAUCAAAUUGGAAUGUUGGAUAUGAGCAUUACAACCACUGGUGCUUUAAUUAAUUUACAAAACGCCCUCAUCAAAUGA